CCUGAACUUCAUUUCCGCUGUAUUACGAUCGAUAUAAAGGGCAGUGUAAUAUUUUCUUCCAGUUCCGCAUAGUUUGAAAUGAUUUGACGACACAACAGAAAGAUAGAUGAAGUCAACGACUGAGUAUCGGUUUUGUUUUCAAUAUCAGCCUACACGUCUUUUGGACUUAAGCAUUUUUGCAGCUUUCUAUUAGCAUCUGCAGCUGACGUUAUUUCCGGGAAAUGAAAAUGUUUUUUUUCCCCGGUUGAUCUUGAGAAGUGUCCUACGACACAUAGGAGUUGUGCUUGCAUACACGGUAUUCCAAACCCCGAUUCUAGUCUUGAAAUACUGACGUAUCAUCGUCGAUAUGCGAUUUGUCUGCAUCAUUACUUUAUGACGAGAAACCUUGAAAUCGGAUCCCAAGCUCUAAAAUCAAUACGAAUCGAUUGCUCAGUUUUCACGAAGUCGGCUAAUUGCUCAUCUAUGGGGUUGAAUCAGUAUCCAUCUAGUUAUCCUGCGUCAUAUUUCGGCAGUAUGCCGCGUUGGUUGCGAGCCAGCCCACAUUCUUCUCUCAUCGAAAUUUUGCAAUUUGAAUUCUCAACUCAGCUUCAAAAUGUAAAUGCCACAGAAGCUUCAAUUGGUGUCGGAUUUUCCUCCAGGAUUUUGUGUAUACGCGCUGAUACGCAAAUACUGUCGCACUUGGCCAGUUUUACGGACUCAAGGUCGGACCGCACGACCCAAAGCAGUUAGGCAUUCUCCACUGAUGGUACCAUAAAAAGGGGGUUUUUUUUUGAGAUCUAAUCUCAUGAUAGAACGUAGUAUUUUUAUUUAUUAAUACAGUCGCUCGGUC